AUGGAGUCCGAAUAUACCAACGACGAGUACACCAUCGGAUGGAUUUGCGCUCUUCAAGAGGAAUUCGACGUAGCCACAGCCAUGUUCACCGAGGAACAUGGACUCCCACAGUCUCUACCUAAGGAGGAUAACAACGCUUAUAUGCUAGGACAAAUUGGCCACCACAAGGUUGUCAUGGCAUGCCUCCCUGUCGGCCGGAUGGGUACUAACCCGGCUGCCGUUGUCGCUGAUAGUAUGCGGCGGACUUUCAAGUCUCUCCGUUUUGGUUUGUUGGUUGGUAUCGGUGGAGGUGCUCCUAAACCGUUUGUGGGGAAGGAUGUGAGACUAGGAGAUGUGGUUGUUUCCGUGCCUAAAGGGGCGUAUGGAGGGGUGGUGCAAUACGACUUUAGGAAACUAGAGGCGGGGAAAAACGGAUUUACCCAUCGCGGGCAUUUGUGUUCUCCUCCGGAGAAAUUGCUCACGAAUCAGAGUUGGGGGGAGUUGAGCGACGAGUACGAGUAUCCGGCGGUCGGGGAUAAGCUAUUUCAAUCGGACUAUAUUCAUGAUGGUUCGAAGGCGGUUGGGUCUGGAAGUUUUGCUACGGAUGACUGUGCCCACUGCGACGAAGGAAAAUUAAUCACCGGCAGGAAGCAACGGAAGGACAACAUACCAGUCGUGCACUUGGGUACGAUUGCGUCUGGAAAUUUUGUCAUUAAAGAUGCCACAGUGAGGGACUAUAUCGACGAAUGCUACGACAAUACGGUUCUAUGUUUUGAGAUGGAGGCAGCAGGCCUCAUGAACACCUUUCCAUGCCCCGUCGUCCGAGGCAUCAGCGACUAUGCCGAUUCGCAUAAGAAUGACGGCUGGCGAAACCGUGCGAUUGCGGCCGCAUCGGUCUAUGCGAAAGCCCUUAUCACUAUAAUAAGUCCUGAAGAUGUUGUCGAAUUGCCUAAAGUUAACAAGUUAAUGGCGGAGUUAACUCUUACGGUUAAAGGAGUGAGCGAAGAUGUGGCAAAGGUCUCCGAACAAGUGCAGGAAGAUCGUGAAGAACGGGAUCGCAAACAGAUACUCGACUGGAUCACUUCGAUUGACUACGACUCUCAACUAAGCGACAUAGUCAAGAAGUCUCAAGAAUGCACAGGUCGAUGGCUACUUGAUUCACCCGAAUACCAAAAUUGGGCAAACGGCGGCAAACAAAUUCUAUAUUGCCCGGGAAUCCCGGGUGCUGGAAAGACAGUUCUCACAUCAAUUAUCAUUCAUGACUUACUUGACAGGUUCUCAGGUACCUCAGGUUUCGGGCUCGCCCUGCUGAGACAGCUCGCGGGCCGCUGUUCGCCUCUACCGAGCGAGGUCAAGCAGCUCUGUAGUACAAACUACAGUCGGAAAACUCGCCCGAGAGAAGCCGAAAUCGUUACUACGUUGCGCGCGAUUACGAAACUAUUCACCAAAUCGUUCAUUAUCGUCGAUGCACUCGAUGAAUGCCAAAAGGCGGAUGGGUGCAGGACGAAGUUUUUGAAUAUAUUGUUCGAUAUUCAAAAGGAAGUCUGUAUUAGCAUUCUUGCUACUUCAAGGAGCGAUGGGGAUAUUUCGAGAUUUUUUUGA